AGCUCACUAGUCGACUUGAUAGUUAUGAGUCUUGAAUCACUAAGAUUCAAUGGAGGGAUAUUGAUUUUAGUGGGAGUAGAUUCUGUUAAAUGUUUAAUGUGAUUUACUCUAUCAUGGAUAUGUUUGUCUUAGUGUUUUUUGCAUUAUUAUUUUGUUGUAGAUCAAUGGCACCUAGCACCACCACAUCUUUUACUUUGCGUUCGAUCCUUGAGAAGGAUAAGUUGAAUGGGAGUAACUAUACCGAUUGGAUCCGUAACCUGAGAAUUGUUCUCAGGGCUGAGAAAAAGGAAGACGUUCGGGAUACCCCAUUACCAGAAGAACCUGCUGAUGAUGCAGCUGCUGCUGUCAAGAAUACUUACAAGAAAGCAUGUGACAACAAUCUUGAAGUGAGUUGCCUUAUGCUCGCUUGCAUGGAACCCGAGCUGCAGAUGCAGUUUGAGACAAACCAUGAGGCUCACGAUAUGAUCGUGGCGCUUCAGGACAUGUUCUAGACACAGGCCAGGACUGAAAGGUUCAAUGUAUCCAAGGCCUUUGUUGAGAGCAAGCUGGUAGAGGGCGCAGCAGUGGGGCCGCAUGUGAUUAAGAUGGUUGGUUUCACGCAGAGGUUGGAGAAGCUGGGCUUCCCACUCGGUCAAAAGUUGGCCACUGAUUUCAUUCUUGCAUCUUUACCGCCGAGCUAUGAGAACUUCAUCUCCAACUACCACAUGCACGGGGUUGAAGAGGGCUUGAAUGAGCUAUGCGGCAUGCUCAAGACAGCAGAAAGUGACAUCAAGAAGAGCACGGGCAGCGGCCAUGUGAUGGCGGUCCAGAACAAGCCUAACUUCAAGAAGAAUGGUACUUCGUGGACGAAGGGCAAGGCUAAGGUUGAGAACCCCGCGCCAAACCCAGAUCCUAAGGCUAAAACUGGACCAGCUGCUGACACUAAGUGCUUUCACUAUCAUGAAAAGGUUCACUGGAAGAGAAACUGCAAGGUGUACUUGGCUUCUUUGAAGAACCGUGGAAGUAAGAGUACUUCCAAAUCAGGGGCUGACAAGAAGUAGAAGCAUGGCAAGAGGAGAAAUUGAUUUCCGCAUGGGCAAUAAUGCAAGAGUUGCUGUGCUGAGCAUCGGGACGACGUAACUCCACCUCCCGUCAGGAUUUACUAUGGAGUUGAAUAAUUGUUAUUUUGCUCCUAGUUUGAGUCAAAACAUUAUAUCUCGUUCAUGUUUGAUGAUGGAUGGUUAUUCGUUUACGAGUGAAAACAAUGGUUGUGUGAUCUCUAAGAAUGAUAUGUUUGUGGCUUCUGCGCUUAUUAAGAGUGGGUUGUUUGUUUUAAAUCUUGAUGAUUCACCUAUCUGUAAUGUAAGUGUUAAAAGGCUUCGGCCUAAUGAUUUGAGUCCUACCUAUAUGUGGUAUUG